UUAUCAGAUAUUUCUUAGAAUUAGCUUGAGAGCACUGACUUAUAACCUUGAAAUCUACACUUUUGACACACAGUCACAAUGAAAAUAUGCCAGAAACGGAAGAAAAGCAGUUUUUCUAAUUUAACGACUAAUGCCUACGAUACCAAGGAACACACAUUCGUGCUGAUCAGCUGAUUUGUAGAGUGGUAGUAAACAAUAGCCUUGAAAGUCAAUUAUACAUUUACUAAGAGUUUGUAGACGAGUGAGGUCAAGAAUUGUCAAUUUAUUGAUAAAGCACUACUUUGUGAUACAAUAAAAAUUGAAGACAAUAAACUAUUUGCUUUCCAACAUUUUUAAAAAUAUUUUGUUGUGCGCUUGGAUUGUGAAAGGAGGAAGAACAACAAGUGCAUACGAACAUGCGAUUGGUGCGGCCGUGCGUAGCAGCGCCUCUACAUUUUAUAGAGUAUCAUUUAGAAAUAAAUUUUUAUUAUUCUUUUAAACAAAUUAAGCAAUUAUACUAAGUAUACGCUUUUUCCAAUUUUUACAGCUUUUCUUACCUUGGUUUUUACUAUAAAUUGUAUGAAUUUGUUGAAAAACGUGAAGAUGUAUAGGUGAACGCUGAAUCAAGAGAAAAAACGCGCGAAAUUUAAAAGAGAUAACAGCAUAAAUUAUUUGUCUCGCCUAUUUUAAUUUAUAAAAACUUAAAGAUAUGACGUAUAAUAUGGAAAUAAAAUUUUCGAUUUCUAAAAAUUAACAAAUUUAUUAUUUAAUUACAAUAGCGUAUGUUUUGACUGGUUUAGAAUCGUGGGAGGAAUGUAUAGUUACAGGUAACAUCAUCAGCAGUAUAAAAGUAACACGCAGAAGACGAAUCGACGCGCGCAUGAGUUUACCGCUAAUGUAUAUAUUUGUUGCUCGUCAUUCGGUGUGAUCAACAUUCAGAGAUUAAAAGUGGAGCUCUAUAUAUCUCUAUCGCUAGAAUACAAAAUCUUCUACUUACCGGCUUACAACUAGUUUAUUUAAACAAAAUACAGAAUGCCUAUUGAUAUUCCUGGAUUUGCUUACGCUGCUGCCGUAGCAGCCGGUGGUAUUAUGGGUUAUGUUAAAUCCCAUUCUAUUCCAUCGCUGGGAGCUGGACUUUUAUUCGGUUCUAUUUUGGGGUACGGAGCAUUCCAAUCCUCUCAAGAUCCACAGAACUAUGGAGUAAUUUUAGGAAGCAGCGCAACACUUGGAGGAAUCAUGGGUUAUCGAUUUUAUAAUACUGGAAAAAUCAUGCCAGCAGGUCUCAUUGCUGCCAUCAGUACUGUCAUGGUGGUAAGAUACUCGUUGAGAGUAUUCCAAUCUUCUCCGGUAAAAAUGCAGUAGAGUUAACAAAGCAAUGGCUAGAGAAUGUACUUUUUACUAUUAAAUGCAUUGUAAAAUUUUAAUUUUUGAAUGGGUGAUAUUUAUGUGGUAUAUAUUAUCUAUAGAAAUUAAUUUGUAUGUUUUUCAUAAAAAACCUACGAUAUAUAUAGGUUGUCUUAGAGAGUAGCUGAGUUUAACAAUAAAACAUGAAAUACCUAUACCUUUUAGGUAUUAAAAAAAUGAUUCUAUAACUGGUUGUAAUUAUACAAUGUAAAGAAUUUUCAACUUAUAGGCAUGUGUGAAAUUGAAAAUACUUUGUUUGAAGUUGUUGAAAUUAUAAUAAACUUUUCUACAACAAACA